UCCGGCUCUGACCUGCCGGUGUCGCACUUUCCCCGCCUGAAGCUGCCGGGGCGACGUGGAGUUGUCUCGGUACUUUCUCCUCCAUCUCCGUCCACUCGCCUGUCUCUGUCUGUCUCUUCCUCUCUCUCUCUCUCUCCCCGGUUCGGACACCUCCAUCAUGGGCUUCGCGGGUCUCGCCGGGUCGCUUCUCUCGCUCCUGGCCCUGGCCGGUGUCUGCUCCGCGGGCUCGGACGCUCCGCGGGGAGUCGCGGUCGGGUUCGUGUUCGACCCCAAAGCGACGUGCGAGCCUCCGUGUGAACACGCCGGGAUCUGCAUCCGCAACAACACAUGCUUCUGCUCCAGAGGAUACGAGGGGGAGACCUGCAAGUUCGCCAACUGUUAUCCCAAAUGUAAGAACGGAGGGGAGUGUCUUCGCCCUGGAAAAUGCAGAUGUCCCCCAGGAUUCGGCGGAAGAUACUGUCACAAAGUGACGUGUGACGGAGGAUGUUGGAACGGAGGGGAGUGCACUGCUGUCAACGGAGUGGCCAAGUGCAUCUGUCCCUCAAGCUGGAGCGGCUCGAAAUGCCAAGAGGCAAGUUGUCCUCAAGGCUGCAGGAACGGGGGAAUCUGCGUGGCCCCAGGAAUCUGCAGCUGUCCGGAGGGAUGGCUGGGCGGUGCCUGCCACACUGCCGUGUGCACGAAGCCCUGCCUGAAUGGAGGGAAGUGUAUUUCUCCUGAAAAGUGCCGCUGUCGCCCGCCGUAUUCUGGCCCUCGCUGCGAGGAGAGGAAGAAUUCUCACUAGUGUGACUUGGUCCACAGGGCCCAAUCAGGGACUCUGUGAUUACUAGGAGAGUUAAAUUUUUUUAGCUGCACAUUGGUAGUUUUUACAUUUUUUUCAACGAUGUAAUUCUUAUUUUUUAAUCCCCAAGCCUUUAUUAUAUUCUUGUUUGACUGAGCAAACAUGCUACAUGUAUGUACUUUACUGUGAUUUAUGUCAUUAAAUAAAUAAAAUAGUUGAU